UGGAUGGUUGUCACUAGCGAUGCUAUUCCCUCGACUACUGAUGGUGCUCUAUAACCAUAACUAUUAUUAAAUCUAUCAGUUGAUGUCAUUGGUAGCACGUAUCUCAGACGCCGAGCAUAGACGAGAGCUGUCGGAACAAUCGGAAACAGAAAAACCUUUUUACUGUCUACUUCCUGGUCCCAAUUGAGGCUGCAGUCAGCAAGCGGCUAGAACCGUAGUAGGUACAGCAGGGAUAGAUGUUUGCGAAUCUGACAUUUUGGGUUAACUAUUUGCACAUAUGGCCUCUUUUGCAUUAUUUCUUAAUGUACAUCUCAUCCGAUUUACAGAAUGUAUCAAUUCCAUCCGAGGAUUGGAUGAUAUUUAGGGCACUAACGUCAGACAACAAACCAGUUGUCAUUUUUCUAUUGUUGCAUGAGUCUGCUAGCCAUUGCACGGCAUUUUGAUGUUGCUGUGCAUCUCGACACGUAGGUCUUGAUAAAGAAGAACAGGAAGUAAUUCUGCAUGAUAUUCAUGAAGUUGGUUUUACCUUUAAGUAAAGGUAUAAAACUUCGUAGAUGGCGUCAAAUACAAGAGUGUCUAUUCUCGAUUACUUCAAUAUUGUGUUUGAGGGAGAAAAUGGGAAGAUCGAGUCCAACUGUAAGGCGUGUGGUACCAGGAUUCAAGCGAAACGUACAGUUACAUCUAACUUCGUUACACACCUAAAGCGUAAACACCAGGCCAUGUAUGAUGAAUUUGUGAAGAAAAAAGAUGUGAAAAGAGAAGCCUACUCCUCGGGGACCAUGCAAAACUUUGCCGCCAACACAGGUGGGAGUUCUCGAGCCUCCUUUCAAAGCACAGGCACGAUGGCCAAAUUUGACCGCAGUGACCCUCGACAGGCUCUGAUAUCCGAAGCCAUAGCUAAGAUGAUCAUACGGGACCUGCAGGCGGUGCAUAUUGUGGAAAAUGAGGGCUUCCGGGAGCUUCUUCAGCUGCUAGAGCCGCGAUACACCCCCGAACCGAGUCACUACAUUCAACAGCAGCUCCUUCCGGCAUACGCCUAUCAGGUGCAACUGGCAACCAAGCAGGCCCUCACUGGGGCAGAGUCCUGCAGUGUGACCCUCGACCUUUGGAGAGGAGGAGCUGGAGUCGGAGCUGGGACGAGCGGCUACCUGGGAGUGACCUGUCACUUCAUCACCACAGACUGGCAGAUAAAGUCAGCGCUCCUGGCCUGUUUGCACCUCACAGGCCACCAUAUUCCCCAGCGAGUGCUCUCCGAGUUUGACGAAAUCUCCCAUGCUCACGGCAUCGCUGGGAAGGUUUUCAGAGUGGUGGCAGACCCUUCGCCCUGUGACACCCGGCCGCCGUUCCGACUGCCCGGAUUCAGCCUCCACUGUAACGGUGAGGACGAGGAGGAAGAGGAAGAUUACAGCAGUGAUGAAGAGACCAGGGGAGGCGAGGGCAAAGACAUGGUGGCAGGCAAGGAUACGGACAACUCCCUUGGCCAGUGCUUGGGCCGCUGUCGAAUAGACUGCUUUGCCCGCUCCCUUGGCCUGUGCGUGCGGGAGGGGCUCCAUUCAUCCACGCAGAUCUCCAUCGCCCUCACCAAAGCCGCCUGCUUUUACAACUAUGUCAUAGCCACCGUCGCCCCAGAGAAACUCGGGCAGGUAUUUGGCUCUGGGGUGACCCCAGCGGCCGCCACACAAGCCUCCGCCAGCCCUGCGUACCGACACUGGAACGUCCAGCUAAAGACCGUGAGGCGCAUGCUGGAGUCUGUGGACUUCUUAGAGGACAUCAUUGACAGGCAGGACCUAGCUCUCAGCGCCCCCGAGAAGGCCCUUCUGCGGGAGUUGGUGGAGGUUCUGGAGCCCUUCGAGGAGGCCACUGACAUGGUGCAGUUAGACAAGCAUGUGUCCAUCAGCCUGGCUCUGCCUUGCGUGCUGGGCCUGCGCAAGCACUUGUCAGAAACCAGCACACGCCACUGCACCGGGAUCGUCAUGGGCUUGGCUCAGGCGCUUGACCGCAGGCUGGCCGGCAUCCUGGAGGACCCUCUCUACGUGACAGCCACCACCCUGGAUCCCCAGUUCAAGCUCUCCUGGAGCAGUGACCUUGACUGGCACAAGCAGGUGCUGCUGGAGGAGAUAGCCAAACACACCCAGGCAGUCAGCCCCCCCGAGCCCAGCCCAGAGGCCCAGCCCUCCCCAUCCAAGCGCAGUAAGCUCUUCUCCUUCAUCAAGCAGAGGCCCACCACGCAGGCCAAGAGUGUGGAACAAGAGCUGGCCGCCUACCUACAUGAGGAACCCACGGAUGAGGAGCCCCUGCACUACUGGAAGCGCAAGUCCAUUGACUUUCCCCUGCUGUCGCAAGUAGCCAAAAAAGUGUUCACCGUGCCUGCAACCACCACGUCCGUGGACAGGAUAUUCAGCACCAUCGGCAAGACCCUUAGACCAGAGCGAUGUAGGCUGCUACCAAAGAAUUUGGAGACUCUUAUUUAUUUGAAGGCCAACUACAGGAUACUUUGGACAUAAAUACAGAAAUGGUCAGCAGGCACUUUCCGUCUUCUGUCUGUAUUGUCUUUGAAAGCUUUACACAACAUUCGUGGACAGAGCUAAUAGUUUUAUUUCACAGUACAGUGCAGUACUGUAUGUAUGAUCCAAAGUUUUCUGUUAUGUAUGUUUAAUAUAUACAUUUAUUUAUAUACAGUGCUUAUACCUAUGGCAACUAAUUAAAGUAGUUUAGAAUUUACUGUUGUAACUGUGAACUAGUUACAGACAUUAAGCUCUGAGUUGAUUAUUAAUUGCUUAUAUUUUUGUUGUUUCAGUGACCACCUUUAAUAAUGUGAUAUUGAAAUUAAUAAAUAACACUGCAGUAACAACAGUGAGAUUAGAAAA